GAUUGAUAGAUAUUUUACUGCUCUAAAGAAACCACCGGAUAACCUAAUACCUACACCAUGAAGACUUGCGUUGCUUUACUUGCUUUGGCUGUUGUUGCUGUCUAUGCGGCCCCUGACGAAUGUUUGAGAGCAUGUCAAAUGGACUGGAGACCAGUUUGUGCCACGUUCACUAAGACUUAUGGUAAUGAAUGUACAAUGAAAGCUGAUGCCUGUCGAAUGGCUAAACAAGGAUACAGUUUGUUAGGUCAGAAAACAACAGAUGGAGAAUGCAGCUGUUUAAGAGCCUGUCCAUUCAUAAUGUCUCCAGUCUGUGCUACUGAUAAUAAAACUUACGAUAACGAAUGUCUUUUGGAUUAUGAAAGCUGCAAACAAAAUAAAUUCUUGGAGAAAGUUAAAGAUGGAUCUUGUUAAUUCAACCAAAUAUAUUAUCAUUAAAUUUCUUCGUAAAUUGUAAAAUUUCUUUUAACAACUAAUAAAAACAAUCAUUAAACAAUAAUACA